AUGGCUCUACCCUUGUGUCGUGCACUCACGCGGCUCGUACCUCUGCGGUGCGCCGCCCGGCCGCGUCUGCCGCCGCUGCGACGACCUCACUCGGCGUCGUCGGGCAAGACGAACCCGUCCUCGGCUCCGUCCGCCCCCGCCGCACCCAAGCUCGGCUCCCGUCCGGGCUCCGCUCCCGGCUUCGGUCCCGGCGCCGGCCCGAGACCCGCGUGGCGACGGCGCCUCGGACUCGUCACGAGCAUCGUCGAGGCCUACGGUCGCGCCCAGCGUGCCCGUCCCUACAGGACCCAGCUCGUCGGCGCCGUCUUCGUCUACCUCGCGGCCGACCUCGGCGCCCAGCACAUUGGCGGUCGCGAAUACGACCCCAUCCGCACCGGUCGUUCCCUGCUCAUCGGCCUCGUCGCCGCCAUCCCUUACUACAAAUGGUAA